UGUUCAUUCGCAGUGUUUGGUAUAAAUAGUGAACAGUGGCAGUUUGUAUUUGUAUUUAUUAAAUCAAUGAUCAUGGAAGUGUAGUAAAUGAGGAAAAAGUUGUCAGUAAUGGUGACGAAGGUCAAAAGUUCUCCGAUGUAAAUUUAAAAACCUUAGAUUGUUCACAAAAUUCUUGAGAAAUUCAAGAAACCUACAAUAUCAAAACUAAAAACAAUAAAAUAGCAAAAUGGCAAGUGUUAUGAAAGUUUUACUACUAAUAAGUAUAGUGUUAGUGCAAAAACAUGAAGGAGCAAGAAUCUUAGCAGUGUUCCCGAUUCCAUCAAUAAGUCAUCAAGUAGUAUUCCGACCACUAUUACUGGAAUUGGCACAACGAGGACAUGAUGUGACUGUAGUAACACCAGAUCCAGUAUUUACAAAUGAAAAGAGCCCAGCAAAUUACACAGAAAUAGAUGUCCAUGAAAGAUCUUACAAGACAUGGAGAGAAAACUUUCUAUCAGAUGCUGUAACCAGCGGUGAUAGAGAAGAUCUGCAAACUCAAAUGCACGUAGCUUUCAGCACUAUAAAUAAAGUAUUUGAAAUGCAACUACUCACUCCUAAAGUCCAAAAAUUAAUUAAAGAUAAAAAUCAAAACUUUGAUCUACUUAUAGUAGAAGCUUGUCCACUAGUGGCGUUGGGUUUGACCCAUGUGAUCAAAGCGCCAGCGAUCCAGAUGAGUUCAUUUGGGGCGUUUAUGCACAAUAUUGGGACUAUGGGGAUGCCAAAUCACCCAAUUGUGCACCCUACGUCGGUAAGACAGAGAGUUCAUAAUUUAACGAUAUGGGAAAAAGCCGUCGAGAUCUACAAUCAUAUUAGAUUGUAUAGGACUCUAGCGUUGUGUGAAGAAGAAAGCGAUGAGAUGUUAAGAAGGGUACUCGGAUCGGAUAUUCCGAAGCUAAGUGAGUUGAGGAACAAUGUGGAUUUCUUGUUUUUGAAUGUGCAUCCAAUUUGGGAGCUGAAUCGGCCGAGUCCACCUAAUGUGAUUUAUAUGGGAGGACUACACCAGAAACCAGUGAAAGAAUUGCCGAAGGAUCUCAAAUCAUACCUCGAUUCAUCCAAACACGGCUUGAUAUACAUAAGUUUCGGAACCAACGUCGAACCAGCGUUGUUACCCCCGGAAAGAAUUCAGAAACUUAUAAAUGUUUUCUCCAAACUUCCUUAUGACGUAUUGUGGAAAUGGAAUAAGGAUGAAUUGCCCGGACGAACGGAAAAUAUAAGGAUAUCUAAAUGGCUGCCGCAGUCGGAUCUUUUAAGACACCCCAAAGUCAAACUUUUCAUCACCCAAGGUGGUCUCCAGUCUACUGAUGAAGCCAUAACAGCUGGAGUGCCCCUGAUUGGUAUACCGAUGCUGGGAGACCAGUGGUACAAUGUAGAACAGUAUGCAUACCACAAAAUCGGACUUCAAUUGGACAUGGAAACACUUACUGAGGAGAAACUGGAUAGUGCAAUUCGCACUAUUCUAAACGAUGAAAGCACGUACCGCAAGAACGUAGCGAAACUUCGUACCCUAAUGCAAGACCAGCCUGAUACUCCACUAGAGCGCGCUGUCUGGUGGACGGAGUACGCCAUCCGACACUCCGGCGCACGUCACCUCCGCUCGCCUUCAGCUAACGUAUCUUGGUACGAUUACUUCGAAUUGGAGCUAGCUGCCUAUUUAAUUUUUGCAUUACUGACGGUAUUAUCAGCUAUAGUGUUUGUUGGUUAUUUAUUGUUUAGUAUCUUUGGGCAGUAUAAAGCUAGCAUUAAAAUUAAAAGAAGUUGAUUAUAUUUAGGUGAUAGGAUUGUUGGUAUUUAUUUUAAUUAUAAUAAAAUUUUAAGUGUUGUU